AUGUCCAGAUACCACCUUGCGAAAUGCGCCGCCCAAAGUCUACUACGGACACCAAGGACAACGUCGCCUGCUCUAGCCUAUAAUAUUUUGCAGAGGCGUUUCAACUCGACUCAACCUUCGUACCCAGGACAUGUCCCGCUGAACUGCUUCGAACAUGCGUUCAUGCUUGCCGGUGCAUCCUACAUGGCCCUGACUGCGCCUGCGCGACAUGAUAUGGUUGCUGCUGUCGGAGACCUCACAUCGGGGCCCGUGCUUCCUACGCUCCGGGACCAGAUGCUGGCGAGCCCGGAGGGGCGCCAGAUCCUCAAAGAGAGGCCGCGCAUCAACACGAAGACCGUCGACAUGAAUUACCUCGCAACCCUUCCCCAUAAUACGUUCGGGUGCACUUAUCUUACCUGGCUGGAGCGAUGCAACGUCACGCCCGACACCCGCGAGCCAACGCACUAUGUGGACGAUCCCGAGCUUGCGUAUGUGAUGCAGCGCUAUCGCGAGUCGCACGACUUCUACCACUGCCUCGUCAACCUUCCCGUCGACGUCACGUCUGAGCUCGCCGUCAAGUUCUUCGAGUUCGCGAACCUCGGGCUGCCCAUGGCCGGCUUCGCCGCUGCGUUUGGACACUUCCGCAUCAGCUCAGCAAAGCGAGCCCGGCUAUUCAGGGAGUACGUGCCGUGGGCAAUCAAGUGUGGGAGCAGCGCACAGAGCCUGAUCACGGUAUAUUGGGAGAAGAGAUGGGAGCAGGACAUGGACGAGCUGAAAAGGGAGCUCGGGCUGUGGGAUGCGCCGGAGACGAAAUGGCCCAAGCCACGUCAUGCGGAGGCUAGCUCGGUAGAGCAUGUAGCCGCCUGA